AUGAAUAGAAAGAUUUCUGAAUUUUUAGAAUGUUUUCAUUGUUGGUAUAUGAGAUGCAUAUAAUUUCCUUAGCUUGUUUAAAUGUUGAUGCUGUCUAUAUCAUAAAUAUAGAAAUCACCUUAAGUGCAAUCCUCAACGAAAUUGAAUAGAUUUAAUUUAUUUUCAAGAAAUAGAACUCUUGACAAUACAGAAGCCAGUAGAAUGAGAUCUAAAUAUAUAAUUCAUGACAAAGAAAGUCUAUACGAGGAAAUUUAAAAUCUGAAAUAAGAAAACAAUUAAUUAAAAUUAGCAUUACGAUAGUUUUAAUCGUAAAAUUAAUAUUUCAAGAGAGAAGUGUAAUCCAUCUUAAAAGAGGAAAGUACUCCUUUCAAGAAUAAUUCGAGAUUAAAAUAAGGGUUUUUGGAGAAAAUCACAAGGCUGGAGGAUAAUAACAUCAAAUUGCAAUAAUAGUUAUAGGAAUAAAUAUCAUAUAUUAAUCAAUUGCAGAGUCCAAUGAACAAAAAUAAUGUUGAAGGAUUGUGUAUAUCUCUAAGUGAAGACAAUAUGAAAAUGACAUAAUUAAUUUCACAAUUAGAACAGUCAGUUACACAAUAAUAAAAUAAUUGCAAUAAAAUGAACAUUAAAUAUAAUGCAAUCUUAAAUAAAUAUAAGUAACUCAAGAAUCUGAAUGCAUAAUUGUUAUUAGAGAUGGCAGAAUUAAAAAAAAAAGAUACUUUAUUUCUUGAAAGACCUCAACAGAAGGACAAUAAGAAGAUGGAAGAGCAAUUACAAUUGGGUUAUGAUUAGGCAAUGGUCGACUUGAGAAAUGAAAGAUAGAAGAAUAAGUAUCUGGAAAAUCAAAUGCAAAAACUAUAAGCAGAUAAUUAAGAAUAAAUAGAGAAUUUAGAAAAAAGGAUGGCUGAAUAGAAGAGAUAAUUUGAAACUUUGCAAAGAGAAUAUGAAUUAGAAAAGCAAUCAAAAUACCAACCAAAAAGGACUAUUCUUAUAAAAAACAACGGUCCUUAACCACCUGAGGAGCAAGGGCAAUUAUAAGAAGAUAUUGAAUUGUAAAAAAAGAAAUUUAUAAAUGUGGACAAAAAUGAUAUUUUAGCCAUUGCUAGACAAGUCAAAUAAAAUCUGAUUGGAUUGAAAAUAUCAUUGUAAUAAGUAGAAACUUACUUAUUGACAGACGAGGUAUUAACAUAAUAAUAAUUGAAAUAAAAUCUAUCAAAUAGAAUCUUUGGUUUAAAAUCAAUUGAAUAAGUGGAAAUGGCUGCCAUUUAUUUAGCAGAUGUCGAAAAUGAAACAGAGACGACAACUAGUGCUAGAGUGAGAAGUAUCUUUAGAACUUUGAUGGAAAACUACUAAAUUUUAUCAAUAGAAUAAUUGAAUAAUAUCAAUCAAUAGAUAAUGAAGAAGAAGAAUGAGAUAUCAGACAUUUUAAUUAGGAAAUAUCCAGAUACUUACACUAGUGGAUACAUUACAAUUGAUGCCUAUUUGGAAGUACUUUCUUCAGUGGAAAUUCAAUUAAGCAAAAUAGAAAUUGAUCAUUUCUAUGCUCUAAUCCUAAGAUAAAAUAGGUCAUCAAGAAUAUUUCUAUAAUAAAUACAUUCACCUUUUGACGUAAAUUAAGAGGAAGACGAUUUAGAAGAUUAACAUUAGAAUAUAAAUUUAGGUGAUGUUUAACCUGAGAGUCUAAAAUUGUCCAAUAGUGAAAUACUGAUCAUUAAUAAUCGUAAGGAAUCUGAGUUUGUUAAUCUGAUUGAGGAUGAUGUCGAUCACAAUUUGAGAUCCAAUUAGAGAAAGAUAGAUAAAAAUAUAGAGAAAUUGGAAGAAUAAAAUGAAGAUGAGUUCAAACUGUCAUAGAAAUCGAAUUUGGAAUUGUCAGAAGAAGAGAAGAACCCAUUCCAAGACGUGUAGCAUGAAGAAUCAGAUGUGAAAAUGAUUGAUUCGUAAGAAUUAAGAAAAUAAAGUUAACCUGAUUUAUAAUAAUUUUGA